AUGCCUUCUCCAACUACUGCUCAAGAUGCUGAUGUCAAGAUCACCAAUGUCAAUUCCAAUGACACUUCCAAUAACAGCCCCAAUAACACUUCCAAUAACAGCCCCAAUAACACUUCCAACCCAAGUAACUGUAAAGUAACUCUACUUCCAGAGCAAGAUCAUUAUCUCAAAAACCAAUUAAUCAAAUUACAACUCCAAAAUGAGUUCAACUCUUUGUACAAUGAUCACCUUCAAUUCUUAGAUAAUUUUGGUCCUCCCUUUAAUGAUAACCUCAACGAAGCUCAAAUCAAUGAAAAAUUUAUCAUAGAUUAUGCCUAUAAAUAUCCAUUGUUAAGGUUUUUUUUCUUUAAUUUUAUUAAAAAUUUCCCCUUUAUAUUAAAUAUUGACAAUAAAUUUCAAUUUAAAAUUGAAGAAAAUCAAAAUGCCAAUAACAGUAAAAUUAACAACGAUUAUGUCAAUCAAAAUAACAGUAUCGAUUACAAUGAAAAUAUUACUAAAAAAUUAGAUUUAAAUCAAACCAAUAAUGACCUAUUUUUUAAAUAUAAAUUCAAAACAUUUUACAACUAUUUCCUAACUAAAAAUCUUUCAAACUCAGUCGAUAGAUUAGAACUAACUAAGCGUAAAAAAAUCUUUCUCAAAUUCUUCAAUUCUUUAUUAAUUUUAUUCACUUCUUCAAUUUCAACUAAAAACGAGCUAAAUUACUACAUGAACUACAAAAAACAUGAAAACCAAUUAAUCGAAGAUACUAUCAAAAAUAAUUCAAUCAACAACAACACUAAUUAUGAUGAUGAUCAAAAUAUAGACAUACAUAUGUCAAACCGUAACCUAUUGAAAAAACUAAAUCAGUUAAAUAGUGUAUAUAUUAAUAAUAUAAAUCUCAAUAUUAUCGGUGUAAUCAUUAAUGAUCCUGAAGUUAAUACUCCCAAUAAAAAUAAAUCUCAUAAUAAUCAAGAUUCAAACUCUUCCUCUUAUUUAUCAAAAUUUUCUUCUUAUUUAUAUCCUACUUCCAAAAGCUCAAGAUAUUACCAAUUUGUCAUAUCAACCAAUUUUAAGUCUUAUCUUGGUAAUGAUAGCGAUCAAUUUAUCAUUCAAAAUUUCAAUGUUGCUCGUAGAUAUUCUGAUUUUAAAACCUUACACCAAUCACUAUCAAAGGAGUUUCCUCAUAUCAACUUUCCAGAUUUACCUUUAAAAUACAAAAAAAUAAACUCUUCCUCUUUCAAUUUUAAUCUAUUAUUAAAUGAAAAUGAUCAAAGUAAUGAUAAUGAUUUAGAUGAUAUUGAUGGCAUUCAACUAUUAGACCAUAUUUUAUCUUCAAAUAAAAACUUUACUAAAAAGAAAAAUAAAAAAACAGACCAAAAAAAUAAUUCAACAAUUAAUUCCAAUUCAAACUCGGAUUCUGAUUUGAGUGCUUCAAAACAACCAAAGGAUAAAUUAAUCACUUUAUCAAGACCCAAUAUUUUCAAGAAAAAUAGUUCUUCUACUUCCGAGAAACAUGUUUCUUCAAAUAAUGAUGAUAUUGACGAUAUCGACGAUUUAGAUGAUCUUGAUGAUUUAAACAAUCUAUCAAAGGGUUCCAAAAACAAUAUAUCACCAUUAUCAACAACCAGCUCUUUUGAAGGUUCAGCAAAUAAAAAUGAAAUUAAAAAAAUUCCAAGAGAAAAUUUAAGAAUUUUAUUAAAAGGAUAUUUAAUCUCGUUAAUAAAAAUUCCCAAGAUUUCCAAUUCGUUAAUAUUAAAAGAAUUUUUAUCAAGAGAUAGUAUUCAAAAAUUUAAUAAUAUUCAAAAAAAGGAUUUCUUAAUCCGUAAGAAAUUUGAGUUAAUUAAUUUAAAAAAUCAGUUUAUUUUACAAAAAAAAAUCUUUCUUAGUAAUUUAGAGUUGAAAAAUGAGUUGAAUAAUUUUAAAGAAAAUUAUUUAUUAAACAAUGAUGUUGAUACUACACACAUGUUGUUUAUAAUAUUUAAUGAAAUUAAAGAGAAAAAUUCGAUUGACGAAUUAUCGCCUAUUUUAAAGGUUUUGAUUAGAUGGUUUAAAUUUCAAAUAACAUCAGUUAUAUACAACGUUUUUUUUGAUUCCACGACAAAUUCGUUAAAAAAUUCCACAUUGGACAAUAAAAAUAACAUUAAUAUUAAUGGUGCUAAUACUAAUACCAAUAGCAAUAUAGAUUCGGCGUCUUCAUUACAAAAUUAUGAGUUGUAUAAUCAAUUAAAAAAGUUCCACAGUUUAUUUCCUUAUAGCAUAGUUUAUCAAAUUUUAAAAUUCACCAAUCCUGUUGUUAUAAUUAAAAAAAUAUUUGAUUUAUUUUUAUAUCAACCGCCUAGCUUGAAUUUCCGACCUAAUUUUUUGUUUUCAAAUCCCAAUGAAGAAAAAAGCGAUAAUGGCAAUAAUAACAAUAAUCGAAGCAAAUCGUUUUUACAAACUUUAUUUUCAAUUGUUAUAAACGACGAUUUGUCUAAAAUCAACGAAGAGAUUAAUAAGGUUGAAUCUAAAUUCAUUUCAAGAGAAAAAAAUUAUUUAAAAAUAUUGAUAUUUUUUAUUAAAAUCAACUGCAAUGAAUUUCAUGAAAGUGAAAAUGGAAGUGAAAAUGGAACCGGAAGUAAAAAAUUAACAAGUAUUAAAAAAAAUAUUUUAAAUUCAUAUGAGAAUAAAAAAUAUGGUGACAUGGAUUUAAUAUUAAUUAUUUUGUUGAAUAAAGAAUUAUGGAAGUUAUGUGAAUUAAAGUAUAAUAAAGGCGAUGAAAAAAUAAUAAUGAAUAGCUAUCAACAUUGGAAAAUCCAUCAAAAGAGUUUGGAUGUUGAAAAGGAAAACCAAUUGGAUGAAGAGCAAGACGAAAAUGAAGAAAAUACAAAGAAGGAAAAAGCUAGCAUUAAGCGAAGAUUAAGUUUAAAAAAAAAGAAAAGGGGAUUAAGCGUUGAAUUUAAAAAUAGUUCAAAGAGCAAAAGUGAGACAGAAGAAUAUGAACUAUACUCGAACUUAAAAGAGCUAUUUAAAUUGUAUACAAGAAAAAAGGACAAGGAGAUUUACGAAGAUUUGUGGUCGGAACCAUAUUUGAUUUCGAUGAUUAAAGAUUUUUUCAUAAUAUUCUACGAGCCAUUAAUAAAAGUGAUGAAAGCAGCGGAUAUCCAUUUGGCGUUGAAGGAAUUCAAGUUUUUUUUGAAUGAUUUGAUUAUAAUAUUGGAGUAUUUGUAUGAGAAUUUCUAUUUGAUCAAGCCGGAUAAGAUAUUUUUGAUUUUGAAUUUGUUGUUGAACAAGUAUGAGGGAUUUGCAUUUGAGUUUAUCCACAACAUUUACAAGAAUGACAAUGAGGAAUUGUUCAACAGCUUUAUUAACUGGGUAGACCAAUUUUUCAACUUUUUGAAGUUUUACAAAACAAAUGAAGCUAACAGCGGGUUGCGAAUUGACUUGAAGGCAUUUAUUGAGAAGAAUGCAGAAGGCAUUGAUGUUGACAGAUUAGUGAAAGAAAUAGACAUGAUCAUCGAAGAAAAGCAGAGGUUAAGAAAGGUUUACGAUGUCAAGAAGGAAGGCGAAGCGGAAAAGCAGCAACAGAAGAAGUGCGGAAGAUCGCUGGGUGAGACAGAAAGAAGCAACAGGUCCGAGACCGUUUGCAGUGCUGAAAGUGAGAGACACAAUGAGGAAGGUCUUAAGCAAGAAACAAUGCGAGAUGGAGAGUGGUACUCGAAGCCAUUCAACGAGUUGAAUUUUGGAAUGGAGGACUUUGGCUUCAACAAAGACGACUUCCACGAGCUCACCAACGAGCUCAACGAGCUCCAGAAGAUCUCGACCAAUGACUCAGAGGACGAGCAGUUGAACAAGUUCUUGAACACCAAGGACUACUACCAGAUCCUGGAGUCUGGACCAGCCAGAGACAGCAGCGAAAGCAGCGAAAUCAGCAAGCUCAGCAGGCAGUUCGAGAGACUCGUGCACGAAGCACUCGAGGCCUACGGACGCUAG